ACGGAACCUGCUCUCCACCGGUCCUUACGAUACGCAGUGCGUCGACAGCUCGCGCAAAAAGAGAUCGGACUAGAGACGAAGCCGUUGAAUUUGGGAUUUUUCCCGCGGUCAUAGCGAGCAUAUACAGGCCAAAGGAAAACGAAAAGGAAGACGCAUUGGGAGGUCUUUGGUUCAUGCUGGUCGCAGUACAACCGGUAUGCCGCAAGCUGCAAGAUGGGCGGGUACUCCCUCCAUCAAGGGCCGGACAGAGUCCAUGCGAAUGGCCCUGUUGACGUUCAGUUUGGUGGGACUACAAUUUACCUGGGGCAUUGAGAUGACCUACUGCACGCCGUACCUCCUUGAUCUGGGUCUUACAAAAUCGCGAAUUUCCCUCGUCUGGAUCGCUGGCCCACUGUCCGGAUUGAUUAUCCAACCUCUCAUUGGCGUCGUUGCGGAUCGCUCACGUUCGAAAUGGGGUAGACGCAGACCAUUCAUGAUAGCCGGUUCUUUGGUGGUUGGUGCCUGUUUGCUGGUAUUGGGAUGGACAUCUGAAAUUGUCGGGAUAUUUGUAAAGGACGCAAACAAGGCCAAGGAUGUCACCGUUGCUGUCGCCGUUCUAAGUAUUUAUGCAGUAGACUUCGCCAUUAAUGUCGUCCAAGCGUCUUGUCGGAGCUUGAUUGUCGACACACUGCCAAUUCACUUGCAACAGGCCGGAUCGGCAUGGGCUGGCAGGAUGUUGGCUAUUGGCAAUCUGAUUGGAUACGCCAUUGGCUCGAUGAACGUGGUCAGCAUAUUCGGCUCCUCAAUAGGUGACACGCAGUUUAAGCAGAUGACUGUCAUUGCUGCGAUAUCGUUACUGGUAGCGGUUUCGAUUACAUCGUGGGCCGUGCAAGAACGAGUCCUGAUUUCUGCAAGGGGUUCGGAUGGGAAGACAGGAGCAAUCCAAGUGAUUUCGCAGUUGUUCAGGACGACGCUGAACCUGCCACCUCGCAUCCAAGCUAUUUGCUGGGCUCAGUUCUGGGCAUGGAUCGGCUGGUUUCCGUUUCUCUUCUACAGCACCACAUGGGUUGGUGAGACAUACUUCCGCUAUGAGGCGCCUGAAGCAGUUGAAGGUUCCAAGGAUGUUCUGGGCGACGUUGGUCGUGUUGGUAGCCUUUCGCUUGUCGUCUUCUCGUGCAUCACGUUUCUUAGCUCGGUUCUCCUGCCGUUUUGCGUCCAGCCGCCAGAUACCAAGAAACCAACUUUCACAUCCCGCCCGCCUCCGGGUCUUGCGGCCUUUUUGAAUAAGAUCGCAAGGUUCCGCCCGGAUCUGCAGAAAGCGUGGUUGAUGUCACACGUCUUGUUCUUCACGACGAUGAUCUGGGCCCCCCUGGCCCGGUCGCGGGCUUUUGCGACCCUGCUAGUUGCCAUUAGCGGCAUCCCAUGGGCCAUCAGCGGCUGGGCACCGUUCGCAUUCAUGGGCGUCGAAAUCAAUCGACUUGGAAUGAGUCCGUCUGCCGCCGCUCGGUCCUCUGGGGUUACCAUGAUUACGUCGGCUACCUACCGCUCCGGCGCGUUCCGCGGUGAACGUGAUGCUGACACGGAAUUGGAUGUUCUCCGUCUCAAUCACGAUGAUGCAGAAUACGAUACCGACGAAGAAAGCGCCUCCCCUUCUGAUGUCGCCUCAACCGGGGAGCUUGCUGGUAUUUACCUCGGAGUACUGAACGUAUACACGACGAUACCGCAGUUUGUGGGCACAUUCAUCAGCUGGGUUGUGUUUAGCAUCUUCGAACCAGGGGUUAGCGCGCAGGAGAAUCCAGCCGAGGGAGAACCAUCCGGAACUCCCCAGUGGAUGAAAGCUGGCAAGGAUCGGCCCAAUGCCAUCGGUAUUUGUCUCUUCAUCGGCGCCAUAAGCGCCUUAGUGGCGGCAGAAGCAACCCGACGAUUACAGUACGUCGGUAGCGGGAAGGUAUAGUCCAUUGCUUGGAUAACCAAGCCUUCGUGAGCUUUUUCUUUGAUGGAUUUCCUAUACUGUCAUUGCGAUACCCGGGUGGAUUUUCUUUUUCAUAUUUUUUUUUUGUAUAUUGGAUACUUACUGUACUAUAUACUGGCCUGGCAUUGCGGCAUAUUUUCGGACGACAAUGUUUUGCUGGAAGCAUUAUUGCAGGUCCGAACGCGGCAAAGAAGCCAUACCCACUAAGAUAUGAUAAGGCUUGAUCGAUACGAGCAAAGGGAGAAGGGGGAAUCAAUCCGUCGACUAUGUUGGGUGUAGUUAGGGCUUAAGUCUCGCUCCCCUAUAAGGCGUACCUCCGGACGGUUCUGAUCGAAUGGAAUUGCUCUUCGAACCUCGACACAUUGGCUCUAAUUAUUUCCCCUCUAAGCCCAUCUUUUUAUUCAUAUCCUUUGAAAUACCUCCACUUUCAUCACAUGCAGGAGCUGCAAAUGAUUGACGUGUUGGUUUGCCAAAACGUUGUUGAAGGUUGUUGCUGUCCAAAUCAGAACCCUUCACGCAGCAAUUCGCUCCUAAGCUCUGCAUUAUGCUGGGCGCUAGUUAUCAAGCGCUGGAGUAUGGGCAUACAGCCUGCGCCAGCAGCCAUGCAAUUUGUCUAACAUAUAACGACAUGGCUUGUGAGCUGCAGAGCGAGGUGAUGCUGAGGAGAUCAUACAGAGAGCUGUCAAAUUCAAAUCUCGGCAUGAUCGAUCACUUUUUUUUUUUUUCUUUCAGUGCAAUGGACAAUCAGUCACAUGCUAUUAUUACGGUGAAUGGGAUGGCAUAAAUAUCUCUAUAAAUAUCUCUAAGAUCCCGUCGAGUCUCUCAACCAUCAACCUUCCUGGUAAAAGGAAGUGACAAUGUCCUCCUACCUGUCGUCAAUCACGAGAUUGGGUGAAUUUGCUAGUAUUUCCUAUUCUACCAUUGCUCUUCUGACCCUGGUCGUCCUCUACGGCGCCUGAUGGGCAUUGCAUACUCGCUUCCUCCAUCCCUUAUCCGAUGUCCCAGGUCCAUUUUGGGUCUCCGUGUCAAGGCCCUGGUUAGGGUAUCAUGCAUCAACUGGACGAUUUGAACAUUUGCAAAGACAAGUUCACAGGAAUUUGGUAUAUUCAAGGAGAGAGAUCAGGGCAAGUUGGAUGCGGGACAACUCGCGUGAGGCUUGCACCGGACGAAGUUUCGAUUCCGGAUCCGAGCGCCAUUAAAUCAUUCCCUAUGUCAAGAGCGAGCUCGCAUUGAUCUCUUGCUGAAAUUCCUCCGGAUUCACGAUAAGAAAUCGGAGCUUGAUAUACGGGAAAUCCAGAACGAGGCCAUUGCAGCCAUGAAAGCGACCUUUUUCUCCCUGUCCAAAGAGAACGAAAGUCGGGGUCGGCGCGGCAGUCACACAUCUGGACGACGAGGGCAUCUUCGGUCCUGAUGCCGGCGUUUUCGAUUCGGAUUGAUGGAUGCAUCACGAUAAUCCUGCAGCCGUAGUGAAUAUGGCGCGAUGUAUGUUUCAGUUUGGCGCCAGUUCCGGGACUUGCUUGGAAAAACGUAACCCUAGUAGUCAUGUCUCCAACACCAAAAGUCUACGCCAGUACCCAUUUGAAGGAAGCGAGAUUACCGCUCGCAAAUGAUCGUUGCAUCAGGAAAGUGCCAAUGAACUAACAUUAUCAAGACAGAAAACGGC